AGAAGUCUAGAUCUGUUUUCAAGGUACAUACAACAUUGUACACUCACUAUUCCGCCCAUGCAAAGACGUCGAAAAUAUGUGUCAAUCCGUGCCCCCGAACGGACGCAGUGCCCGAUGGACACGGGUUGCGAACGCCUUUGUAGUACUGGAAUAGACAGACUGGCAAAAUAGUUAAACUGCAGAAAGGUCCGACUGUCCGACAAGGCUCUAGAAAAUCAAGCAAAAUCCUACGCGGAUUUCGUAUUAUACCUAUCCCGUACUUAGCUUACGAUAUCGAUAUUUGACAUCUGCUAUGUAACAAGGCUUCUUACAAAUCCAACAUCCCGGUACCGGGCCGGGCUUACAAUACCUAACUGCACAUUCAGUGCUGCGACGAUGUUGCGAUGCCCUGCCCCUGUAAUGAUACCUUAUAUCCAUAAGGGACUACGGCUCAACAAUAAUGAAACUAUCCGAAGCGUCCAGCCGGAUAGGACCUGAAGACUUACCCCAAGGAGAAAGACAUCAGAUUUAAAACACCGCACUCUUCCUCCUACCAGGCCUUCCCCUUUCCUUUCCUUUCCUUUCCUUUCUUUUCUUUUUCUUCCUUUUCUUCAUAGAAACGUUUCUCAUCCAAUUCAACAUCCAAAGACAAUAUUUCAAGAUGGCUUCGAAAUCAGUUGCUGUUAUUACGAUGAGCACCCGAGGCACACGUGCGGGACCCAAUGUAGCCAGUUUCGUCCGGAACAUCGUCGAGAAACCCCUAGCCGCGAGCGGCAUAUCCGUCACCGACGUAGACGUCGUCAAGUUUAACCUCCCCGUCUACAACGAAAAAGUGGCUCCAAUAAUGGUCCCCGAGCAGGCGUCCUUCCAAUACGAGCACUCCAAGGCCUGGAGCGCCGAGAUCAUCAAGCACGACGGCUACGUGCUCGUCAUCCCCGAGUACAACUACUCGAUGGCGGGCGGCACCAAGAACGCCAUCGACUACCUCCUCCACGAGUGGAAGGGGAAGCCCGUCGGCAUCGUCAGCUACGGCGGGAGCGGCGGCCUUAACGCCAGCGAGCAAGCCAAGGGGGUCCUCAACAACAUGGGCCUCAAGGUCGUCGAGACGCGGCCUCAGCUGCCCUUUGCCAAGCCGGACCUGUUCUCUACCAUAGGCACGGGGAACCUGGGCGACAGCACCGUGAAGGCUUGGGAGGCAGAGCACCUUCCGAGCAUACAGAAGCUCGCCGAGGAGUUGAAGACGUUGUUAUUGCAGCCUAGCGCUUAAGCUGAGGCUUGCAAAAGACGAUAAAUUAAGCUACGGUCAACUAGCUGGGUGGUGGACAUGCGUGAUCGAGUUUUCCUACAGCAACGCCUAUCUAGCUUAGGUGCCUGGGUAGACAUCUAUAGACCGUUUCGCGACAUAUCGCUCCUAAAAUAUUUCGGAAACCAGUCUUUUAAGUACCUACUCUGUGUUAGUUAUCACAUGCUUGAUGCA